UGGGGGUGGCCGGGAUAGACGCCGCAACCCAGGCGGCUGUCGCUGCCGCUGCCGCCGCCCGUGUGUAGCGCAUCACCCGGAGCCCACCGGCCGCAGGUGCCUCCUCCGGCCCCAGGGGCCCCCGGGAGCCCUGAAGGGCGAAGCGGCAGGGGCGCCUCUCUUGGGCGAAGAGGCGGCCUCGCCGCCCCGGAUGCGGCCGGAGGGCGCAGGAAUGGAGCUCGGAGGCGGCGAGGAGCGCCUGGCUGAGGAGAGCAGGUACUGUCAUUGUUAAGAAAUGGAUCUUAGGCUGAGUGCGGUGGAUCACAUCUGUAAUCCCAGCUCUUUGGGAGGCUGAAGUGGGAGGAUCCCUUGAGACCAGGAGUUAGAGACCACCCUGGGCAACAUAGAGGGAACACUGGCAGUUGCUGGGUCAUUUGAAGACUACGGUGGAGGGUUUGGUAUCAGCCAACAGCCCCAACGUCUGGUCUAAGUAUGGUGGCUUGGAACGGCUCUGCAGGGACAUGCAGAGCAUCCUCUAUCACGGGCUUAUCCGUGACCAGGCGUGCCGCCGCCAGACUGAUUACUGGCAGUUCGUGAAAGACAUCCGGUGGCUCAGUCCCCACUCAGCCCUUCACGUGGAGAAGUUCAUCAGCUUGCACGAGAACGGCCAGAGCAGUGCUGAUGGUGUGAGUGAACGUGCUGUUGCCGAGUUGUGGCUGCAGCACAGCCUGCAGUACCACUGCCUCUCAGCCCAGCUCCGGCCUCUGCUCGGGGAUAGACAGUAUAUCAGAAAAUUCUACACAGCUUUUCUCUCCCCAGAUGCUGCUUUCCUGCUAAGUGAUGCUCAUGUCACAGCCAUGCUGCAGUGCCUGGAAGCAGUGGAACAGAACAACCCCCGCCUCCUGGCUCAGAUAGAUGCAUCCAUGUUUGCCAGAAAGCACGAGAGCCCACUCCUGGUGACAAAGAGCCAGAGCCUGACAGCCCUGCCCAGUUCCACAUACACCCCUCCAACCAGCUAUGCUCAGCAUUCCUACUUUGGGUCCUUCUCUAGCCUCCACCAAUCCAUGCCCAACAAUGGCUCAGAGAGAAGAUCUACUUCCUUUUCACUCUCUGGCCCUCCCCGGAAACCUCAAGAAAGCAGAGGGCCCAUCUCACCAGCAGAGGAUCAAACCAUCCAAGCCCUCCCAGUUUCAGUCUCUGCACUAGCCAGGGAUUCCCCCUUAACCCCAAAUGAGAUGAGCUCCAGUACUCUGACCAGCCCCAUAGAGGCAUCGUGGGUCAGCAGCCAGAAUGAUUCCCCAAGUGAUGCCAGUGAGGGGCCUGAGUACCUGGCCAUUGGCAACUUGGACCCCCGAGGCCGGACUGCCAGCUGUCAGAGUCACAGCAGCAAUGCCGAGAGCAGCAGCUCCAAUUUGUUCUCCUCUAGCAGCUCCCAGAAGCCAGAUUCUGCUGCCUCUUCCUUAGGGGACCAGGAGGGAGGUGAGGAGAGCCAGCUGUCCAGUGUCCUCCGCAGGUCCAGCUUCUCAGAGGGGCAGACACUCUCCUUCACCAGUGGGGCAAAGAAGAGCCAUAUUCGCUCCCAUUCGGAUACCAGCAUCGCCUCCAGAGGAGCUCCAGGAGGCCCCAGGAAUAUCACCAUUAUAGUUGAAGACCCCAUUGCAGAAUCCUGCAAUGAUAAGGCGAAGUUGAGAGGCCCCUUGCCCUACUCUGGUCAAAGCAGUGAAGUCAGCACACCCAGUUCUCUGUACAUGGAGUAUGAAGGUGGUCGGUACCUGUGCUCAGGGGAGGGCAUGUUCCGAAGACCAUCGGAAGGACAGUCCCUCAUCAGCUACCUCUCUGAGCAAGACUUUGGCAGCUGUGCCGACCUGGAAAAGGAGAAUGCCCACUUCAGCAUCUCAGAGUCCUUGAUCGCUGCCAUCGAGCUAAUGAAGUGCAACAUGAUGAGCCGGUGCCUGGAGGAGGGGGAGGGAGAGGAAGACAGUGACAGAGAGAUCCAGGAGCUGAAGCAGAAGAUCCGCCUUCGGCGCCAGCAAAUCCGCACCAAGAACCUGCUCCCCGUGUACCAGGAGGCUGAGCACGGAAGCUUUCGGGUCACCUCCAGCAGCUCCCAGUUCAGCUCACGCGAUUCGGCACAGCUCUCUGACUCUGGCUCUGCUGAUGAGGUUGAUGAAUUUGAAAUCCAAGAUGGUAGUGAAGGAUCUAACCUGACUCACAUAUCAAAGAACGGACUGUCAGUGUCACUGGCCUCGAUGUUCUCAGAUGCUGACAUCAGAAGGAACACAGCCUCAGGCAGCAGAUCCUUCGUUUCCUCCCAGUCCUACUCCCACAGCUUCCUGCACUCCACAUCUGCUGAGGCGGUGGCCAUGGGGCUCCUGAAGCAGUUUGAGGGGAUGCAGCUUCCAGCUGCCUCCGAGCUGGAGUGGCUCGUCCCGGAGCACGACGCCCCUCAGAAGCUUCUACCCAUCCCUGACUCACUGCCCAUCUCACCGGAUGACGGGCAGCAUGCUGACAUCUACAAGCUGCGGAUUCGUGUUCGUGGCAACUUGGAGUGGGCGCCCCCCCGGCCUCAGAUAAUUUUUAAUGUUCAUCCAGCCCCAACAAGGAAAAUUGCCGUGGCCAAGCAGAAUUACCGCUGUGCAGGAUGUGGCAUCCGGACUGACCCUGAUUAUAUCAAGCGACUGCGGUACUGUGAGUACCUGGGCAAGUACUUCUGCCAGUGCUGCCAUGAGAAUGCACAGAUGGCCAUCCCCAGCCGGGUUCUGCGCAAGUGGGACUUCAGCAAGUACUACGUCAGCAAUUUCUCCAAGGACCUGCUCAUUAAGAUCUGGAAUGAUCCUCUCUUCAACGUGCAGGACAUAAACAGUGCCCUCUAUAGGAAGGUCAAGCUGCUCAAUCAAGUCCGGCUGCUGCGGGUCCAGCUGUGUCACAUGAAGAACAUGUUCAAGACUUGCCGACUGGCCAAGGAGCUUCUGGAUUCUUUUGACACAGUCCCGGGCCACCUGACAGAGGACCUGCACCUGUACUCACUGAAUGAUCUGACGGCGACCAGGAAGGGGGAGCUGGGGCCCCGGCUUGCUGAGCUCACCAGGGCAGGGGCUGCCCACGUGGAGAGAUGCAUGCUCUGCCAAGCCAAGGGCUUCAUCUGUGAGUUCUGUCAGAAUGAGGAUGACAUCAUCUUUCCCUUUGAGCUCCAUAAGUGCCGGACCUGUGAAGAGUGUAAAGCGUGUUACCAUAAAGCCUGCUUCAAGUCUGGAAGCUGUCCGCGCUGCGAGCGGCUGCAGGCCCGGCGAGAGGCGCUGGCCAGGCAGAGCCUGGAGUCUUACCUGUCGGACUACGAGGAGGAGCCUGCCGAAGCGUUGGCCCUGGAAGCCGCCGUCCUGGAGGCCACCUGAAGAAAGCACGUGAAGCCCCUGUCUGGGCCGGGGUCACACAUAUUGCAGAACUGAGCCACUCUUUGAAGGACUUGCCCCACCUGGGGCUGCUUCUUUUUUUUAAUUAUCAUUUUUUUUUUUUACUGACUUGUCUGACGUCCGUGUGCAGUCAGCCUUUGGUAGGUUGAUGGGUCCAGAGUCUGUGGUGACAGGUAAUUUGUAAGCUCCAGGUGUUUUCAUCAGAACUGACAUGUGGGUCCUUCAUGAAGCUUCUAGUGCCUCUGUCAGGGGAAGAGACAGCAAGACCCAGUUCUUCCAGCGUCUGUGGCCUCCUCCUCUAGAAGUAGACCUGGUUUCACCUGCAUGUCAAGUAUCUUCUCCAGUUUUCCUUUGUUUUCGUUCUGGAGCUUCUGAGCCAGGCCUUUCUCAACCACCUCUCCUCCUGCUGCUGAAACGGUGGCGUUCUCUCUCUCCCGGUCCUGGAUUGGGGUCAGACUGUGCCCCGAGGAGAAGCAGCAGAGAAUGGGACUACGUCAUGGGCAUUUUGUCCGCUUAUUUGGGUAUUUUGGGGGCCAUAGAACAAUCAUGACUAUCCUAGACUCCUCAGAGAGGCAGCCGUGAAUGUCCCUGUGUUGCUGGGAUUUCCCGUUUGGAAUAUUUGAAGUAUAGAUGAUGCCAGAAGCUGACUUUCUUCAUCUACCCUGGUGAGCUUGAAGCAAAGAACAGAACUGAUGCUUAGGCCAGGCUCGUCUGUAGCCUUAUGCCACAAGCAUACGUGAGGCGGCAGCUCUGUUGCUGGAGGAGCACUUACUCACAGGGGCUGUUGGCCCCUCGUAGGUGUUAAGGCCUCUUUUAGUUAACCUGGCUUUUUGGUGCAGGUAUGAUCUUUGAAGCUCAGGCAAGUCCCUGAUGCCAUCCUAAGGUGAGGACAGGAACCCCACCCACCCUGUUCUUAGUGUGUCCCUGACCACUGUCAUCUGUUCGAUGGUCAUUGUGGUUCUCAGUGAAAGUGCAACCCAGCUCCCCUCUCUCUCCCCUUGUGCAGCAGAGCUGGGUCCUUCCCUGGUGGCCGAGUCUCUCUUGCCUUAGCUUCUGUGGUCAAAGUUGGAGAAAAGCUUCCUGCCAUUAGUGCUGUUACAGAACUUGACAGUUUGUGGAUGUGAGUGUGAAUGUUCUGUGUUCUUGGGAUAACAAGAGCCUUUAUGCCAAUUAUGCACUUAACUCUGUGUAGCCUGGUGAUGUUUAUCUGUUCAGUUGCCCAUUUGAUAGUGCUGGUUUUAGUGUGCUCCCUGCCCCCGUUAAUGUGUGUGUUGACGGCAAAGUCCUUUUGCUAGUGCUGGUUUUAGAGUGCUACCUCCCCCCGUUAAUGUGUGUGUUGAUGGCGAAGUCCUUUUGCUAGUGCUGGUUUUAGUGUACUGCCUCCCUCUGUUAACGUGUGUGUUGAUGGCGAAGUCCUUGGAUGGGGCCAUGUGUGUGUUUGUGAUGUUCCUCAAGUUGAUGCAGCUUCUAACCUCUGUGGAAACACUGGUCAGAGUGGCUUCCCCAAGAGCUGGCAGCUCUGUGAACUAAAGCCUGCAGCAUUUCUGUUCUGGGAUUGAAUUCUGCCCGUGGGCCUGUCUUCCCAUAGUUGCCUGCUGCUAGGAGAACAAUGGGCAUGGGUGCUGUCCCUGGAAGCUGAACAGAAGGGGGCCUGUGGUUGGUGGAAGCUGAUGAGAGCCUGAGCUGGCGGUAAGAAGGAAUCUCCCAGGGAGGUGGGAGAGGCCUUUAAGGUGAUGGCCAUGGCUGAGGCUCCACCAGCACGAAAGGGAACGUGUGGGAACCGGCCCCUGCUCUUGGUUCCUCUGCCUCAAAGUUGGGAUCUGAAAGCCAUGUUGGGCUACAAGACCCUGAAGCUGUUCUCCCUUCUGUUCGCAGUGAGGCUCUAAAGGCCAAGGCCAGCAGUUUUGAAGGACUGACUGGAAGGCCCGGGCCCUUCAGGGAGCUUCACGGAACUCAGGUUUCACUAGGGUUUCGGUCCCAGAUCCAGACCCAGGAGUUUAUAAAAAUGGUGAGCUCUCCUUCCAGGUUUGGUUUAAAUUACACAUCCAGGCCAGGCGUGGUGGCUCACGCCUGUAAUCCCAGCACUUUGGGAGGCCGAGGCAGGUGGAUCUUGAGGUCAGGAGUUUGAGACCAGCCUGGCCAAUGUGGUGAAACCCCGUCUCUUCCAAAAAUACAAAAAUUCACCGGGCAUGGUGGCGGGCGCCUGUAAUCCCAGCUACUUGGGAGGCUGAGGCAGGAGAAUCGCUUGAACCCAGGAGGUGGAGGUUGCAGUGAGCCGAGAUUGCACCACUGCACUCCAGCCUGGGUGACAGAGCAAGACUCCAUCUCAAAAACAAAAAAGUGACACAUCCAGCUCCUUCUCCAGGUCAUUGGAGAUGUGCUAUCUUGUCCUGCCCGUUUCUCAUCAGCAUAGGAUCAAAGCAUGAAAAUGCUGACAGCUUCUGAAGCCAAACUCAACAGUCUCACAGACUCCUGACUUGUCACUUACUUUUCUCCAUCUCCCUCAACCGCACCCCAACCCUUUAGAUCGUGUGUGUUUUAGUGACUCUGACACGAUGCUGCCAUCACUGUCCAAAUACCCAUUUAUUUAUUUAUUCGAGGGGGGAAAGCGGGUAGAGGAUGGGAUGUUUUGGGAGCACUUUGCAACUUGUCAGUAUCUGAAAAUCCCCUGCUGUUGCGGGGAGAAGCUUUGAAUGCACUGAAGAGAAUUCCUUCUAAACGAAGGGGAGGGUAGUGUUCUUUCUGUAAGUAAAGGGAAAGAAAACAACACAUAGGUUACUUACCAGGUGGAGACAAGAUUCAAGACACAGCAGAAAAGUGGAAGACAAAUAUUUUCCACUUAAACGAGGCUGUUUUGACGUUCUCUGCCAAGGAUAUACAGCUCUUGUUGAAUUAACAUAAAAGAAGCGCGAGUCUCAGUAGAGAUGUUCUGUGUGUGCAGCCUGUGCUCUGAACUGGCUUUCCACCUGCCGUGGUUCUUACACAGCCUGGUAGUUCAUUGUCAUCUUUAAUAAACUAAGGAAAUGAAAUUCUGUCUUUGGU